AUGCACAUCUUCAUCUCUGGAGCCACCGGCCGCAACGGCCGCAUCGCCCUCGACAACGCCCUCUCUCGCAACCACACCGUCACCGUCCUAACCCGCAACCCAUCCUCCCUCCCCUCAAACCCAAACCUCACCAUCAUCAAAGGCUCCCCCUCCUCCCAACAAGACGUCCAAACAGCCCUCUCAACACCAUCCCUCCCCUCCUCCAUCCUCAUAACCCUCAACCAGCGCCGCACCUCCGACAACCCCUUCUCCCCUUUAUCCCCAGACUCUCCCCCCGACCUCCUCGCAAGCACAACAAGCGUCCUCCUCGCCGCAAUCGCAGCCACACCAUUCGCACAUCCUCCGAAGAUCGUAUUAAACUCCAUUUUCGGCGCCCGCGAGUCAUGGAAGAAUCUCAGUUGGGCUUUUCGCGCUGUUCUGGACCAUAGUACUAUGAAGUACGCUGUCAAGGACCAUAAUAACACGGAUGUCUUGAUUAGGGAGAGUGGUGUGCCGUUCGUACUUGCGAGAGCGCCGAGAUUGACUGAGGGACCCGCUGCAAAAGUCAAGGUGUGGCCUGAGAAUGGUCAGGGAUGUGGCUGGAACGUGACCCUCAGCAGGGAAAGCUUGGGAGCAUGGUUGAUCACGGCGGCAGAGUCCAAUGAGUGGGAUGGCAAGUCGCCGGUGUUGACCAACUAA